GCUGUCCAGACCUAUAUCACAUCGAAAACUUAAGAAGAAGAGAAGAAAUUUUGGUGCAAACGAAAACCAUUGUAGUGUCGUGAUGAGAAUAUCUAGGGCUAUUAUUCUGGCUCUCCUUUCACUUUUCUUGAUUGUUAGUUACACUGAAUCAAGAUCAGAACCAGGUGCGGGCGAAUACUGGAGAAAGGUUAUGAAAGAUGAGCCAAUGCCAGAAGCAAUUCAUGGGCUUAUGGCAUCAUCAUCAUCAAGCCAAGCUGUAGGCCCCCAAGAUCAGAAAACCAAGUGUAAUGAAAACAAUCAUAAAGAUGUCUUCACUGACAACUUUGAACCAACGCCAAAUCUCUCAGCUUACCCAGAUCAAGAUACUACUACUGCAGAAAAUAAGGCAUACACAGAAGAUUUCAAGCCAAAGAAAAAUGAAAUUUCUAUUUACAGUGACUGAGCUAGAGCGGGGUCAACUAGAGGAAGAUAAUAAAUAUUUGAUGCAGUAUAAUAAUCUGUUUACUAUGGGAAUAUAGCUUGUGUGUUGUUGUGGAAUAUAUAUAUAUAUAUAUAUCAAUCAUAUUCUGCUUAAUUUAAAUUAAAGUUCUAGUGAACUUUAAAAUCACCAGUUAAGUGUAAGUCUAUAAGGCCGGCUUGUACGGUUUGUGUUAAAAAGUGUAAUAAGGAAGUUUUAUCAACGAAUAAAUCGAAACACGGUUUAUUAAAUA